CAAGAGCCGGAGGGGCGCGGCGACGGCAGGAGCCAUGCUCCGCUGCCUGCUCCAGCGCGCCUGCAGCCUGCCCGGCUUAGAGAGGGGCGAGAAGCGGAGCGACCCGGUGGCCAGCCUGACUUUCCGAGGAGUGAAAAAGAGAACGAAGGUGAUCAAGAACAACACCAACCCAGUGUGGAACGAGGGCUUCGAGUGGGACCUGAAAGGUAUUCCAUUAGACCAGAAUGCUGAGCUCCAGGUUGUCGUCAAAGAUCAUGAAACCAUGGGCAGAAACAGGUUUCUGGGCGAAGCCCACGUGCCCCUCCGGGAUGUCCUGGCCUCCCCCAGCCUGGCUGCCAGCUUCAACGCACCUCUGCUGGAUGCCAAGAGACAGAGCACUGGGGGGUGCCUGAUCCUCCAAGUCUCCUACAUUCCGCCUCCUGGGGCAGCUCCCUUCGUGCCUCCUCCGGCCCCUCCGGAGCCAAAUCCGACUCCCCCAGAACUGGACACGGUGACAGACACGGGGGGUGAGGAAGACACCGAAGACCAGCUGGGCACCGAGGAGGAGGCGGAGCCUUCUGCAGGGCCACCAGCGCCAGAUCAGCCUCUCUUGCCAAAGAAGCCGCCGCCCCAUGUUCUUCCUGGAAGCAAGAGGAGAAAAAGCACUUCCCGGAAGCUGCUCUCCAACAAGCCCCAGGAUUUCCAGAUCCGGGUGCGCAUCAUUGAAGGGCGGCAGCUCUCUGGGAUCAACCUCAAGUCUGUGGUGAAGGUCACGGCAGUGGGGCAGACCAAGAGAACCAGGAUCCGGAAAGGAAAUGGCCCCUUUUUUGAUGAGACCUUUUUCUUCAACGUCUUUGAAUCCCCAGUGGAGCUUUUCGAUCAGCCUGUAUUCAUCACAGUUGUUGACUCCCGUUCUCUCCGGACGGAUUCUGUCAUUGGAGAAUUCCGGAUGGAUGUUGGAACCAUCUAUGCUGAACCCAAGCAUUGCUUCCUCCGGAAGUGGCUGCUGCUCUCAGAUCCAGAGGAUUUCUCGGUUGGAGCGAGGGGCUACCUGAAAGUCAGCGUGCACGUCCUCGGUCCUGGUGAUGAAGCGCCUAUGGAAAAGAAGGAAGCUGCUGACGAAAAAGAAGACAUUGAGGGCAAUAUUCUCAAGCUGCCGGGGGUGUCUCUCAGAGGGGCCCACUUCUCCCUCAAGGUUUAUCGAGCAGAAGACUUGCCCCAGAUGGAUGAUGCCAUAAUGGACAGCGUCAAGCAGAUCUUUGGCUUUGAAAGCAACAAGAAAAACCUCGUGGAUCCCUUUGUGGAAGUUACCUUUGCAGGGAAAACGCUCUGCAGCAAGAUAGUGGAGAAGAAUGCCAAUCCGCAGUGGAACCAGGUCAUCACGCUGCCUGCCAUGUUUCCCUCAAUGUGUGAGAAGAUGAGGAUCCGGGUCAUGGACUGGGACCGUGUCACCCACAAUGACAUCAUUGGCACCAGCAACCUUUGCAUGUCCAAAAUCUCCGCUCCGGGAGGAGAACUGGAAGUUGACGAUGGCCUUGGCUUCUUGCCCACCUUUGGACCAUGUUACAUCAACAUCUACGGCAGCCCAAGAGAGUUCACUGGAUUCCCUGACCCUUACGAAGAGCUCAACGCUGGCAAGGGAGAGGGUGUGGCUUAUCGUGGCAGAUUGCUGGUGGAACUGGAGACCAAGCUGGUAGACCAUGUCGAACAGAAGUUGGGAGACAUCCCGGCUGACGACAUCCUGCGGGUAGAGAAGUACCUGCGUCGGCGGAAAUACAACCUCUUUGCAGCCUUCUACUCAGCCACCAUGCUGCAGGGCGUGGGCGACGCCAUCCAGUUUGAGGUCAGCAUCGGUAACUACGGAAACAAAUUUGACAACACCUGCCUCCCGCUGGCCUCUACCACGCAGUUCAGCCGGGCGGUCUUUGAUGGCUGCCAGUAUUACUACCUCCCUUGGGGCAACGUGAAACCAGUUGUGGUUCUCUCCUCCUACUGGGAAGACAGUAGCCACCGGACGGAAGUGCAGAAUCUCCUCGCUGGAGCUGCAGACCGGCUGGCAGCCAACUUGGAGCUGGUCCACCUUGCCCGGAAAGCCAAGCGUUCUGUCAGCGCCUUGGACGCCCCCGUGGCUCAGCUGCUGGAUGAGCUCAUUGCGGACUGCAGCCAGCCCCUGGUUGAUGUCACCCAGAAGCCAAACGGCACCCAUUUGGACCACUAUCUUUAUCGUUUCCGCACCACCAACCUCAAUCAGAUGGUCCAGACGGCCUUCAAGUUGAAGCACGAAGACUCUGAUCUACAAAUGGUCUUGGAUCAGGCGGAAGAUUGGCUCUCUCGGUUAAAAUCCAUGGUGGAGGAGCCCCAGAACAGCCUCCCAGAUGUCGUGAUCUGGAUGCUGCAAGGGGACCGGCGCGUGGCUUAUGCCCGGCUGCCUGCCCGCGAGGUCCUUUUCUCCCGCAACGGAGCCAGCUGUUGUGGGAAAAACUGUGGAAAACUCCAGACCAUAUUCUUAAAAUGUCCUCAGGAAGAGGUAGCGGGUCCCAGGAUCCCAGCUCAGAUCCGGGUCCGGCUGUGGCUGGGGCUGGCUGUGGACGAGAAGGAGUUUAACCAGACAGCCGAGGGGAGGCUGUCUGUCUUUGCUGAAACGUAUGAAAACCAAACGAAGCUGGCAUUGGUUGGGAACUGGGGCACAACCGGUCUCACCUACCCCAAGUACUCGGACAUCACUGGCAAGAUAAAACUGCCCAAGGACAGUUUCAAGCCUUCCACCGGUUGGAUGUGGGCUGGAGAUUGGUUUGUCAGCCCUGAGAAGACGCUACUGCACGACGUGGACGCUGGUCACAUGACCUUUGUGGAGGAAGUAUUUGAGAACCAAGUGCGGCUCCCGGGUGGUCAGUGGAUCCACAUGGCCGAAGCCUACACAGACGUGAACGGGGAGAAGAUUUUGCCCAAGGAAGAAAUCGAGUGUCCUCUAGGAUGGAAAUGGGAAGACGUGGAGUGGGACACCGAUCUCAACCGAGCAGUUGAUGAGAAAGGCUGGGAAUAUGGCAUCACCAUCCCACCAGACAACAAACCGAAGUCUUGGGUGCCAGCGGAGAAGAUGUAUCACACUAACCGACGUAAACGUUGGGUGAGGCUCCGCAGAAGAGACCUUACUCAAAUGGAGGCACUGAAAAAGUGUAAACAGGAGGAGCUGGAAGGGGAAGGCUGGGAGUACGCCUCCCUCUUUGGCUGGACGUUCCAUAUGAAGUACCGCAAGACGGAUUCCUUUCGCCGCCGGCGCUGGAGACGUCGGAUGGAGCCCCUGGAGCACACAGGUCCAGCAGCUGUCUUUGCAUUGGAAGGUGCCUUGGGUGGUGUGACAGACGACAAGAGUGAUGAUGGCAGAUCAGUGUUGGCACUCAACUUUGGUGUGAACCGACCAACCAUUUCCUGCAUCUUUGACUAUGGAAAUCGGUACCAUCUCCGUUGCUACAUCUAUCAGGCAAGGAACCUGCUGGCCAUGGAUAAAGACAGUUUUUCAGAUCCCUACGCCAUUGUCUCCUUCCUACACCAGAGCCAAAAGACAGUGGUAGCCAAGAAUACGCUGAACCCAACAUGGGACCAAACGUUGAUCUUCUAUGAGAUUGAGAUCUUUGGGGCCCCCCAAAAUAUCGCUGAAUCCCCUCCCAACAUUGUGAUUGAAAUCUAUGACCAUGACACCUACGGUGCUGAUGAAUUCCUGGGCCGCUGCAUGUGCAAGCCAAGUCUCGACCACACGCCAAGAUUGUCAUGGUAUCCCAUUGUGAAGGGCAGCCAGACCGGAGGGGAGCUGCUAGCCGCAUUUGAGCUGAUUCAGCGAGAGAAGCCUGCUGUCCAUCACAUCCCAGGCUUCGAGACGGAGCUGACGUCUGUUCUGGAUGAGUCUGCAGAUUCAGACCUGCCUUACCCUCCACCACAGAGAGAGCCCAACAUCUACAUGGUCCCUCAAGGAAUCAAACCUGUUCUUCAGCGUACAGCCAUUGAGAUAUUGGCUUGGGGUCUCCGAAACUUGAAGAGCUACCAGUUGGCCAGUGUAACUUCUCCCAGUCUUCUGGUGGAAUGUGGUGGACAGAUGGUCCAAUCAACUGUUAUCAAGAACCUCAAGAAGAAUCCCAACUUUGACAUCUCUGUGCUUUUCAUGGAAGUGCGUUUGCCAAGGGAUGACCUGUACAGUCCUCCCAUCAUUAUCAAAGUCAUCGACAACAGGCCUUUUGGUCGCAAGCCUGUGGUAGGCCAGUGCACCGUCCAAUCACUGCAAGAAUUCUUCUGUGACCCCUACAAAGAAGAUACAGUAUUUCCUGAAACCCACACAGAUGACAUGAGCCUUACCCUAAAAGAUGACGUUCUGAUUGACAUUGAUGACAAAGAACCUCUCAUCUCAGUCCAGCCUGCAGAUGGCAUGACCAACUCAGCUUUAAUUAACAUGCAAACUUCUCGGCCCCAUCUCCAUGAAGAAGAAUUCAUUGACUGGUGGAGCAAAUUCUACGCUUCCGCAGGCGAGCGAAAGAAAUGUGGCUCCUAUCUGGAGAAAGGCUUUGAUACUCUAAAGAUCUACGAGACCGAGUUGGAGAGCAUAGAAGACUUUGGGGGCCUUUCGGAUUUCUGCCACACCUUUAAGUUGCACCGUGGCAAAGCUCAGGAUGACAGUGAAGACCCCACUGUUGUGGGGGAGUUCAAGGGUUCUUUCAAGAUCUACCCUCUGCCUGAUGACCCCACGGUGCCUGUCCCUCCGCGGCAGUUUCACCAGCUUCCAGCCAGAGGCCCCCAGGAAUGCCUCGUGCGGGUUUACAUCAUCCGUGCCUUUGAUCUGCAGCCAAAGGAUUCAAAUGGAAAGUGUGACCCGUAUGUGAAGAUUUCUGUGGGGAAGAAGUCCAUGAAUGAUCAGGACAAUUAUAUCCCAUGUACCCUGGAACCAGUCUUUGGAAAGAUGUUUGAGUUGACUUGUACGUUGCCCAUGGAGAAGGAUUUGAAGAUCACCCUAUAUGACUAUGACCUCUUGUCCAAAGAUGAGAAGAUUGGGGAGACCACCAUUGACCUAGAGAACCGGUUCCUUUCCAGAUAUGGGGCACGUUGUGGCCUUCCUCAGACUUACUGCAUCUCUGGCCCCAACCAGUGGAGAGAUCAGCUGCGCCCUUCCCAGCUUCUCCACCACUUUUCCUUGCAACACAGCUGCAAACCUCCAAUUUACAAGGCUGACCAGAUCGUCUUUGGAGAUCAAACGUACCGCCUCUCGGACUUUGAGGAUGGCAAACCCGAAAACCCACACCUGGGUCAUGCAGAAGAAAGGCUGGCCUUGCACGUUCUACAGAAGCAAGGCCUGGUCCCCGAACACGUGGAGACGAGACAGUUGUAUAGCCCUCUACAGCCGGACAUUGAGCAGGGCAAACUUCAGCUUUGGGUGGAUUUGUUUCCAAAAUCACUUGGGCCCCCAGGACCACCAUUCAAUGUGACCCCACGAAGAGCAAAGAGGUUCUACUUGCGUUGCAUUGUCUGGAACGCCCAAGAUGUCAUCCUGGAUGACCUCAGCAUCACCGGUCAGAAAAUGAGCGACAUCUAUGUGAAAGGGUGGCUGGUUGGUUAUGAGGAGAACAAGCAGAAGACGGACGUGCACUACCGGUCCCUGGGAGGCGAGGGCAAUUUCAACUGGAGAUUCAUCUUCCCCUUCGAUUACCUCCCUGCUGAGCAAGUCUGCUCCGUGGCAAAGAAGGAACACUUCUGGAGCUUGGACAAGACAGAGAAUAAAGUCCCACCCCAGUUGGUCCUUCAGAUCUGGGACAACGACAAAUUUUCCUUUGAUGAUUACCUGGGCUCCAUCCAGUUGGAUCUCAACUGCAUGCCAAAGCCAAGCAAGACAGCAGAAAAAUGCACCUUAGAUCUUCUUGAAUGCCGGGAGAGAGAAGUUUCACUUUUUGAGCAGAAGACAGUCAAGGGUUGGUGGCCUUGCGUGACCGAGCAGGAAGGCACAAAGACAAUUGCGGGGAAGUUGGAGAUGACACUGGAGAUCAUCAAUGAACAGGAGCAUGAAGAACUGCCAGCUGGGUUGGGCCGGGAUGAGCCCAACAUGAACCCCAAGCUGGAAGACCCAAAACGCCCUGAGACCUCCUUCCUGUGGUUCACCUCACCCUACAAGACCUUGAAGUAUAUCCUGUGGAGGAGGUUCAAGUGGGUCUUCCUCAUCCUCCUCAUCCUCUUCAUUGUGUUGCUCUUCCUGGGAAUCUUCAUCUAUGCCUUCCCGAAUUAUGCUGCCAUGAAACUGGUGAAGCCCUUCAGCUGAACCCACCCCGCCUCCCGGGGCCAGGCAAGAGGCAAAGGAUGCCUUUGGGGAUUGCAGGAGACCCAUCCUUCCCAUCACAGGACUGUGUGGAAGGCAGGCACACCCCUGCUGCCUGGUAAAAACCGCACCACAGAAAUGAACCCAAGAGCUUAAACUGCCCUCUCCCCAAUUUUCCCCAAAUGCUGCUCAAGUGACUUGGCUGAACUGAUGCACCAAGGCUGGAUGUUUCUUUCCAUGGCUCAUUUUCUGAAGAGGAAGCUCUUAUGGUUGAUGCUUGGAUGUGGCUGCUGUGGCCUGCAACAUGGGGGUUCAUGGCUCACCUGGAAGACCUCUUGAGAAAGGAAAAGGGUGGCACAGGGAGGAAGGAGACAGGGGCAUCCAGUGAGGGGUCAACAAAGUCAAGACGGUGGUCAUGACCGCACAAGCAAAGCCUGGCCCCUUUUCUACACCGCAGGCUUCUUCGAGGCCUUGGACCCUUGCCUGGUUUCUAGAGCAGGGUUCCCUUGCAGAGGUUUUAGCUACAAUACCCAUCACCCCCCUGGAGGAAGAUGGGAGAGGGGGUCCAGCACAGCUGUAAGGAAGAAUGGCACUCUUUCUAAGACACCUUCCUUGCAAUGCACAGUACAGGAGACCCUCAUUAUGCACAGUUUCACUGACCACGGUUGGUAAAUACAGCCUGGACCUCAUCACCUGCAGACCUCCAGGGUCUGGUGCACAGUUCUGUCUGGCAGAGGACUCUGCGACAUUUUUGUGUGCAAAUUAUGCACGGGCAAAAUGGUGGACGGACUUUUGCUCAUGCAUACAGUGCAUUUUUCUCCAAGUCUUGUUACCUGAGGUUUCCUUAUGCUUGGUGUUUGGUGGAACAGAACGGCUGCAUAUUACAAAGGCUGCCUGUCCUUCAAAGAUGGCUGUGCCCGUCCCAAUCUUCCAUUUCACAUACUACUGUAACCUAGGCGCUGAAAGAGAUUUGAAGCUUUACGACAGUUCUGUUUUUAAUGAAUGCCAAGAACCAACUUUCUCUUGCCAGACCCGGGAGAUUGGGUGCAGCUACUUUCAGCAAGAUGAAAUAGUGAUUUGGAAAUUGAGGUUUCCAGGAUCGUCAUUCCGUGUCUGAAAAGAGGGUUAAGUGCCUGAGAGGGCCAAGCAUUGAUCCCCAAUACAUGAAAAAAGUUGAGUUAUGGGAUUUGCAUUUGUUUGACCUGGUGCAAAAGCAAGGAGGAGCUGGGGAUCUGCAAGGAAGCUGCCUCAUAGCAAGUGGGGCCAUUGGUCCUUCUCACUCUGUACCAACUAGUAUAUGUUUCAACAAGGGGCUGUCCCACAAGCCCCCCUGAGCCCCCUCAGCCACACCCUUGGCUCUGUCACCCAGAGGGCAGUAAGACAUUAGAAUCUGUGGUCUUGGGAAGAGUUCAUGAUCAUCAAGAGAAGAGUCCUCUCUGUCGGAGCCUCGAGAAGGUCCAUACAAUCUUGCAGUUCAGGAAAGCUGUGCUUGUUGGAAACAAUGACUAAGACUCAAACUUUUUUCAAUAUGUAUUGGUUUCCACACAUUUCAGAAAUCACUGUAGGCCAUUUCAUCAGCAAUGUUUAUCACUGGGAAUCGUACAGUUAUGAAUUUGGGAGGAAGGAUCCAUGGGAUCAACCUUGCAAGUGAUUGUUUUGUAUAAGUACCUGAACAUUUGCCAGUUGGGAUCCAGAUAUCCUUGGGUUAAAAUUCUAGGAAAAGGGCUGUUUGUUUGUGAAACAUUUCUUUCUGUUCUCAGAAAUAUUGCCUGCCCAACUGUUUUAGUUUUCCAACCCAAGAACCUGCUGGAGAUAGACCUCUUCAUGUUUUCCUAACUCCUGAGCUCAUCCUUUCUUAUUUGAUCGAUUAUCUGCCAUCAAGCCAUGUUGACUCUUAGCGACCCCAUAGAUAGAUGUUCUCCAUGGUGAUCUGUCCCCAACCUGGUCCUUCAGGUCUUCCAACCCAUCGCCACCGUAACCGAGUCCCUCCACCUUUGCAUAACGUGUCCAGUUUCUUGACGUACGGAAUGAGGAACCUUUGUGACUGUCUGACACAUCAGGAACACGCGGGGCUUCUGUGCUGGCUCCAUUAAUUCUAUAAACUCACUGGCUGAAAAUCGUCGAGUGUAAUCAGACAGAUGACUUCCAACCACACACUCCUUAUUUGUAAUGUAGCUCUUUUAGCCUCCCCUGGAAUAGGGUCUGGCACGGAGGUAGCCUUAAGAAGGGGGGAGAAGGUCCUCCCCGCUAAACUAAGCGCUUCUCUCCAUAUGCUAACACAUGCAGGUUUCAUGAAAGGUUUCGUUACCCAACGUCCUUCAAGCCGAACAGACUGGCAUCCUGCCUUUUCUGGACAAGUUGCCUCUGGAGCCAGCGAAGCCGGUCCCCACCCCAGCCCUAGGACCCUCGGCCAGGCCAGCCAGGCUCCUCUGUCCAGAUCUGGGCCCGCAACGCCUGCUGCUGAACGGGCUGGGCAGAUCCCCUUCCUCUUGCUUCCUGGUCUUGGGAUAUCAGGCCUGACCCGCAAAACAGCCUCUUCUGCGUUGAGCGAACAAGCCAAGCCCUGUAGUUGUACUUCUGCAACAUGGAAGAGCUUUUCUGUGCCAUGAUGCUUGCUGCAGCUGAGACAAUCCAGGAACCAGAUGUAAAACCGCCUGUGAGCUGCUCUGGAACCGGCCUCUUUGAAAGGGAGGUGGCGGCGAGCUUCCCACAUCACCUGUAUCUGCCUUUGGAGCAAUGCUCUAAUUGCACUAUAGUUACUAACGAAAUGCUAUUAAAUCUUCUGA